GAGAUUUGAUGGUUCGUCGGUAAUAUUUGGGCCGUUGUUGAUGGGCCGGGCCGGGCCGGGCCGCCGCCUCUUCGACUAGUUCCAAACUGUCUAGGCGAAGGGGCAGACUGCGGAGGCGUACCAGAAAAAUAACCAGAACAACAUGCUCCUCCGCGCCGGCCUCCCCCAGCUCCGCCGCCGGGCAGUGGCCCUACCCCUCUCGUUCGCGCCGCGCCGCCUCUCGUCGGAGCCGCCGGGCGCGGAGUGGACGGAUACGGUGGACUACCUGGACGAGACGGGGGAGGUGCUCUCGUCCGCGCCCGGGGCGCGGCCCGCGGUGCCGGGCGCCGAGCCCACCAUCCUCUCCGGCUCCUCCGCCCACCCGCUCCCGCGCCCCGCCGCGGCGGCCCGCCUCGCCGCGCUCGCGCUCCGCCUCCGCUCGGGUCCGUCCCUCUCCGCCGCGCUCUCCGCGCUCCCUUCCCCGCCCGACCCCUCCCUGCUCCUCCUCGCUGCCACCUCCCUCCCGGCCUCCGACCCCACCCCGCUCCUCUCCCUCGUCGCCUGGUCACGCCACCAGCCCUGGUUCGUCCCCUCCGACGACCUAUCCUCCCUCGUCGCCGCGCGUCUCCAGCCAGCCACCCACUCCUCCGAUCUCCUAUCACUCUUCGACGACGCCCUCGCUCAUCCGGACCCUGCCACCUUCCCCAAGACCCUCAACGCCGUCGUCUCCGCGCUCGCCACACACGGCCUCCUCGAGCCCGCAUUCUACUGCUUCAAGCGCCUUCGCGACGCUGGCUUCCGGGGCCUCGAGACGCCCACCUACAACGCCCUCCUCUCGGUGCUGCUCACCAGGGGGCUCGCCUUCAAGGCCUUCGAGGUGCUUGAUGAAAUGUCCGUGUCGGGCUGCGCUCUCGACAAGGGCACUUAUGAGCUUGCAGUGCCGGCGCUGGCACGUGCCGGGAGGAUCGAUGCCUCACGCAAGCUGUUUGAUGAAAUGAGACAGAGGGAUGGAGUCGGCCGGGCGUCGCCCGGAGUAUACAGCGUGAUGGUGGAUGUUCUUGCCAAGUCAGGGAGGCUUGAUGCAGCGAUGGGCAUGUACAGGGAGAUGGUGGCAGUGGGGCACAGGGUGAGCACGUCAGUGAGCACCGCCAUGGUGGAGGGGCUGGUGAGGGCUGGGAAGCUGGACGCAGGGAUGGAGCUUUGGGAGGAGAUGAGGCGAGGAGGGCUCCGGCCAAGCUUUGGGUUGUACACCAUGGUGGUCGAGGCGAAUGCACGGUCAGGGAGGCUGGACGUCGCUGCGAAGUUGUUUGGCGAUAUGGAGAAGUCCGGCUUCUUCCCUACGCCUGCCACAUAUGCUUGUCUGGUCGAAAUGCAUGCUUCAGCAGGGCAGGUGGAUAUAGCAAUGCGGAUGUACCACUCAAUGGCAAAUGCAGGGACAAGACCAGGGCUGAGUACAUUUACAGCAUUGCUGACGAUGCUCGCAAAUAAGAGGUUGCUGGAUUUGGCUGCAAAGGUGUUGCUUGAGAUGAAGGCAUCAGGGUUCCCAAUUGAGGUGACUGCGAGUGACCUGUUGAUGAUUUACAUCAAAGAUGGAUCGACAGAGCUUGCACUCAGGUGGCUGCGGUUCAUGGGCUCUGCCGGGAUACGGACUAACAAUUUCAUCAUAAGGCAGCUCUUUGAGUCAUGCAUGAAGAUGGGGCUGUAUGACUCGGCACGGCCACUGCUCGAGACAUAUGUUGGUGCGGCGGCGAAGGUGGACAUGAUUCUCUACACUUCCAUCCUUGCUCAUUUGGUGCGGUGCCAGGACGAGGGCAGUGAGUGGGCAAUCAUGGACAUCCUGAGUGUUAGCAGGCACAAGGCGCAUGACUUUAUGUGCGGGUUGUUCACUGGACCAGAGCAGCGGAAAAAGCCUGUGCUCUCCUUUGUCCGUGAAUUCUUCCAGGGCAUCGACUACGACAAUGAGGAGAGCGCGGCGAGGUACUUCGUGAACGUGCUCCUCAACUACCUGGUGCUCAUGGGGCAGAUGAACCGUGCACGCUGCGUCUGGAAGGUGGCCUACGAGAACAAGCUGUUUCCCAAGGCCAUCGUUUUCGACCAGCACAUCGCCUGGUCCCUGGACAUCCGAAACCUGUCCGUGGGCGCAGCUCUGGUGUCGACAGUGCACACACUGCACAGAUUCAGGAAGCGGAUGCUCUACUACGGAGUCGUGCCACGGCGCAUCAAGCUGGUGACAGGGCCAACGCUCAAGAUGGUGGUGGCCCAGGUGCUGGCGUCACUGGAGUCGCCAUUCGAGGUGAGCAAGGUUGUCUUGCGGGCGCCAGGGGACUCGGUGCUUGAGUGGUUCAAGAAGCCGAUCGUGCAGCAGUUCCUGCUCAACGAGAUACCGUCCAAGUCUGAUGUCCUGAUGCACAAGCUCAAUGUUAUGUUCCCAAGCUCGGCACCAGAGGUCCGGUCGCUGAACCUUCCUAGGUCACUUGGCAUGCCACGGUGAUGCUGUCUCCGUGUGCGAACCGUAGCAUACUGUACACUAGCCUUUUGCCAAAGCAUGGAACGUUAUCUCGUAUCUCUGAAUGUACUUGUACAACAAUCAACAAUGCAAAUUUGCAAAUGGUUUACAGUAACAUAGUUUUUGGAGAAAAGAGAUCA